AUGCAUCGAGACAUCGAGAGCCACUUUGGCAAGGACGGCCUAAAGCUUGUACGUGAGUAUGAGCAAACAGCACGCAAGAUGGCAGACUACAGGAACCAUCUGAGAUUCAGCCUCAGAUGUAGACAGAGCGGGAUCACUCCUAAAAGUCUACAGAUCAAAUCGUCAGUAAAAGGCCUGCGAGCUAACAAAAUCCUCCAGAAGGCACAGAGUCAGCUGCUAAAUGAACGGGUGAGACAAACUAACUUCACUAUUGAUGUUUUAAAAUCCAAAGAGGAGCAGAUCCACCAAAGACUUUCUUCACUUCCAGAUGAGAAAACACUUCAGCAGGUGCUUGAGUUCACCGAGAAGGCUCGUCUAGCACAGCAUGAAAAGUCUAAAACCAGGCAAAAGAGGAAGUUUGAUCUACUUGCUGUGCGCCACAAACACCAGCACACUAUGGGGAGUGUCCUCCACAACCAGCAGAGAGAAGGAUGCCAGACAGAAACUAAAGAUGUGGACAAAUGGGUGAAGAACUUGUCUGACAAACAACUCACCCAAGCAGAGAAAAACGUCCUUUCUAAAGGGUUAAAUUUUGCGGUCACACCGAAACAAAUCCCGCUAGUGGAACUGAUUACAGCCACAGAAUCUGCUAUCAGAAACAACAACAUUGCUGAUUUGGAAGCAGAACAACUGCGGAUAAAAGUUUUGGCAUGUCUCAGCAAUGCAAAACCCCAUAUCAGCAUUGAGGAGAGGAAGGCCCUCACGGCACUCAGCAAGGACAACAACAUCAUCAUCCUUCCAGCGGACAAGGGGAGAUGCACAGUUGUGCUAAACCAGACAGACUACCAUGAGAAAAUUUUAUCUCUGCUCAGUGACAAAAAUACUUAUGAGCCCUUAAAGCGAGAUCCAGGUAGUGGUUACAAGAAAAAGGUGAUAGAUUGUCUUAAGCAGUUAGUUCAGGACAAUGCUAUUGACCGGACCACAUACCACAGAUUAUACCCAGGGGAAUCUACACCAAGUCUGUAUGGUCUACCAAAAAUACACAAACAGGGUGCUCCUUUAAGACCCAUUGUCUGCAUGAUCAAUUCAGUCACAUAUAAUAUCUCCAAUUUCUUGGCCGCUGUUCUUAACCCGGUGGUAGGCAGCUCAAAACACCACAUUCAGAACACAUUGGAUUUCGUGGAGAAAGUGAGAGAGGUCAUUAUGGAGGCAGAAGAAACCUUGGUCUCAUUUGAUGUUACAUCUCUAUUCACUUGUGUCCCAGUGACUGAAGCAGUGGAGGUAGUACGUAAGAGAUUACAGAAUGACCCCACUCUCAGUAAAAGAACCUCUCUCAACGCAGACCAAGUGUGCCUGCUUUUGGAACUGUGUCUUCAAUCAACAUAUUUCAUAUACAAAAGCCAGUACUACAGGCAGAAGCACGGGUGUGCCAUGGGUUCCCCUGUUUCACCUAUAGUAGCCAAUCUAUAUAUGGAAGAAGUGGAAAAGAGGGCUCUAUCAUCCUAUCCUGGAACACCACCGAGCCAUUGGUUCAGAUAUGUGGAUGACACCUGGGUGAAAAUCAGAUCUCAGGAGGUACCACAGUUCACAGACCACAUCAACGGGGUGGACAAACACAUCAAGUUCACCAGAGAGGAUAUGAAAAAUAACAAGCUAGCCUUCUUAGACUGUGAAAUUUCAAUCGUCAACGGGGGACAUUUGAAAGUGGAUGUGUACCGUAAACCCACACAUACGGACCAGUAUCUAAGGUUUGACUCUCACCAUCCACUAGAGCACAAACUAGGUGUCAUUGGGACUCUACAACACAGAGCUAACACCAUUCCCACAGACUCAGAGGCCAGGGAAGCAGAAGAACACCACAUCAAAAAGGCCCUGAGUAAAUGUGGAUAUCCCAGCUGGUCCUUUGUCAAAGCAGGGAGGACACCUAAAGAACGCUCCAAGCGACUCAUGAGAGAGGAAGGACAUCCACUGCCUAAGCGAAAACCCUUAGUGAUCCCGUAUGUGUCAGGAGUAUCGGAACAGCUGAGGCACAUUGUCUCGAAACACCAGGUCUCAGUGGCUUUCAAACCCCAAAACACGCUACACCAAAGAUUGGUCCAUCCCAAGGAUCGGGUCCCAUGGCACAAACAGAGUAACAUAGUUUACGCAGUUAAGUGCCAGGAGGAGUGCCGUGAAUUGUACAUCGGGGAAACCAAGCAGCCACUGGCUAAGCGCAUGUCACAACACAGAAGAGCUUCCUCGUCAGGCCAGGACUCCGCAAUCUAUUUACAUCUACAGGAUAGUGGUCACUCCUUUAAUGAUGAAGAGGUGCACAUCCUGGACAGGGAGGAGCGCUGGUUUGAGAGAGGAAUCAAGGAGGCCAUUUACGUGAAAAAGGAACGACCAUCUCUGAACAGAGGAGGGGGCCUAAGGGUACAUCUGUCGCCAUCUUACAAUGCUAGACCCAAAACCAGUACUGGCAGCAAUGUCAAGCAGGCAAAAAGUGACUAA